CCUAUAAUUCAGAUAAUUUUGUUUACAUUUGCCACUUGAGAUAUCACGGAAGGUCGUCAAAGUGUUUCAGAACGAGCAGUGGCUUUAUUGGUCCUCAAACAGGCGAAGGUAGGUCUCUAAAGUAUUUGGACACUUUAUAAAAUAAAGUUCUGGUCUACUGAGUAUAAUUUUAUUCAGAAAGGGCGUCUAUAUCUUCUUUCUAGAUUCUUAAAGAAACUGCUGCGAUUAGAAGAUGAUGACUCUGAAUCUUGCCUUUGCGCUCGGUAAGUUUGUAGGUAUUAAAGUUAUGUUGAAGUGGCCCAAGAUGCAUAUCAGUCGACAGCUACACAGUGUUUAUCCAAGAAAUCUUUGGUGGCUGUUUCAGAACUCGUCUGUCUCUACUUAAUUUUGUGUGUUAAAUUGUAGAAUACUCUGCCCCCCUUAUUUCCCUCACAGACAAAUAAAACUAAGGCAUCAACUAAAAAAGCUUUCAAAUUUACUUCGUUCGGUAAAAACGGUAUUCUAAGAUCGUUUAUUUUUUAUUUCUUAUCUUUCUUGUAAAUCUGAAAAUACCAAAAGUUUUAGCCCACUGUUGUUUCCAGUUGUGGCAAGAGCCAAGUAUUUAAGUAUCUACAAGUUUCACUUUGUAGUAUUCUUUUAACUGCAUCUGUGUAUCUGUGUAGAGUUCAGGAUUUAUGGAAUGCACUAUAGCAAGUAGUACAUCUCAAAGGUCUUUUGAAAUGAUUACUUCCCAAAAAUUAAUCUAUUAAUUAUUAUUCCUAUGUCAAUUUAAUUCACUUAACAAAAUAAUUGGUCAAUAUAUGCUAACUUAAUGUCCAUAGUAUGCAAGCUUAAUCCUAGUGCAGUACAUGGAGGUUCUUUCUGAUAUUGCACAACAUUAUUAAUAUCUUCUUUGCAGGGUUCCUUUUUGCCUGCAUUCAGUUAAGCAGGACAUCCAAUAUUACCACAGGUGCUACUGUUGGAAUAUUUCUUCAAAAAGAGCUUAUUGUCUCUGAAUUUAUUCCAAGUGCUUGUAAGUUUUGUCAUCUAUUUUAGAAUAGUUUAGCUCAGGUGGUUUUUAAAGAUUUUUUUAUGAUGUACCUAAUAAUUUUAAAGUGAGCUUUACUUUAAAUAAAAAAUGUAUGACUUAGUUCCAUAUAUAUCUCCAUAAAAUUUAUGUAUUACCUUUAACUCUUUAAGCCACAAUAUGCACGUACAAAUUCUUCAGACUGAUCUCCAUACAUUUUACAAAGAUUCGGGAAAUAAGAUCUGCAAAACGUCGUACUACCACUUAAGGAACAUUUCUAAAAUUAGGAAGUACCUCACUGAGGAAACUACGGAAAUUCUUGUUCAUGCGUUUGUUACUUCUAAACUAGACUAUUGUAACUCUUUAUUGUAUGGCCUCCCUAAGCAUAUGAUAGGUAGUUUGCAGUCUGUGCAAAACACGGCUGCUCGUAUCGUUACUUUAACCAAGAAAUUUGAUCAUAUCACCCCUGUAUUGAUUCAACUGCAUUGGUUACCUGUUCACUUUCGGAUUCUUUUUAAAGUUUUAUUGUUAGUUUAUAAGGCGCUAAAUGGUAUGGCACCAUUAUAUAUCACGGAAUUACUUAGUUAUCGUACAUGUUCACUUACGCUACGCUCUACUGAUCAAAAACUUCUGGCAGUUCCGAAGUCAAGACUUAAAACAUACGGAGACAGGGCAUUUUCCAUUGCUGCACCUGAACUCUGGAAUGAGCUGCCAUUAGAUCUUAGAAGUUUAGUUACAAUUAAUUUAUUCAAGAAACACUUAAAGACUGAUCUUUUUAAAAAAGCAUAUAAUGUUUAACUUUUCGAUAAUUUAGAAUAGGAUUUAUUGUGAUAUUUUUAUAAAUAAGUCUGCUAAUAGGUUUUUAAUUUAUUCAUAUUUUAUUACCAGUGGGAUCUUUUUAAUUAUUUUAAUAUUAUGAAUUGUAAAGCGCUUUGGUCAAUUUAGUGGAGUUAGCACUAUAUAAAUUAUGUUAUGUUAUGUUAUGUUAUGUUAUGAAAUCUAGUGAAAGAUCAAAGUAUUUUCCCUUUUGUGUUUAUGUCAUUAAUUCUCACAAAAUUUUCUCUUGAAAGUGUACUAAGAAAAUUCAUGUCAUUCUUGGAGCUUAAAGGCAUUAAUAGAUAUUAUAAUGUCGAACUGUACAUUUUUAGUGCAGUGAUUUUCAUAAUAAACGUAUGUUUCCAUUGGGGAGACUAAUGUCUGUAUUUUUGUAUCUCAUUCAGCUGGCCAGACAGAGGUAAAAUUUAUAGCUUCUAGAUUAGGAUUCCCAGAUCUUCCUCCCUGGUUACUACUGGAGCAAGAUCAGCCAACUGAUAGAGCCUUCAUUUACGGCACUCCAGGACCUGAAGUCUCAAGUCAAAUAGUUUUGGAGGUACAAUGUAAAAUAACUGCUUCAUAGACCCUUGGUAAAAAGCACAAAAAUGACCCUUAAGAGUUAAAACAUGUUGAAAGCAGCAAGAAUAAUAGUAUAACAGAACUUGCUCACUGGAUAGUAAGCCUUCCAAGCUCUCAUUUUAAUCACAAAGCUUUGCACGCCAUCAAGCAAAGAAUUCCUAGUUUAAUUAUGUGCAGAAAAUUAAGCAAAAUGACUGGACUAGAUUAAAGAAGACUUUAGAUAUGUUUGAAUUACCUAAUCUGGGAAUGCUUCGCCCAAUCACUCCCAUAGCUUUAUAAUCAGAUUGGAUGCUUGGAUGGCUUGCAUCCGGUGAGCAGUUGCCUAGUGGUAUCCAAGUAUUUGACCAAGUUCUGCAAAGGGCGUAUAAGCAAAUGAGUCUCCAAUGCUACAACCAAAACACAACAUUUUGUCAUUCCACAAUUUGGUUGGUGUAAUUUCUGGGUUUUUGUCACUCUUUUAGGGUAGGUGAUGUAAUUGUAACAAUGGUUAUUUGGUUUUAGGUCACUGCAUGGAACAAAAAGGAUUACAACACAUCAAGAAAAGAGAUUUUGAUAAGCAUAGAUAAAUCCAAAGGUGUGUGUCAUUUAGCAUUACAUGUGGUCUAGUGCUUUCAUUACAACAUUGUUGUAGUUGGAGACAUAUUUAAGAUUGAAAUUAUCUGAUCCUCAGUCUUUGUCAGACUUAAUUGUUAUUUGUUUUAAGGCUAUAAAAUUGCAUCCUUAAAACAUUUGAUCAUGUCUUUGGAUUUCCUAAUGGAAGUGGCUUCUUACUCAGGGGUGUCAUUAAGAGGAGGGGCAGGGGAUUUCCCCCGGCUACUUUCAAAGGAAAAUAGAAGAAACGUAGCACUGAAAGAAAUUCCUACUUCAGGAGUAGCUGUUUUAUUCCCCACCUACCUGUUGUAUUUACCUGUCAGCUUGAAAUCUUAGUUUACUUCACUUGUCUGUUUGCAUGUUUUAUGUACAACUGUAACAGCUGGCCCUUCUGCAUGCUUCCUUGACCUCUGCUUUUUGUCUUGGUUAGUCUUAAUUCUUCUAUAAUCAGUCAUUUGGGCCUUGGACUACAGUACAUAUCCCAUAGUGUAUGAAAUAACAAUCACUUCUCAAUGUGCCAUUUAGGAAUUCCACGAUACCAAGCAGAGUUCUUGAUAAAAAACAGCAGCAUUGAUGAGUUUUUAGAGGGGAAAGGGACUGCAGACUUUGUUGAAAGAGUGAAAAAAGUCUGGCAGCCCAAAGGUGGAAUAAGGGUAACAUCAGUGGAAUCAAAACUGAACAGGGCUGGAAGAGUACCAAUCCCCCCACAGAAGGAAGGGUAAGUGAAGUCUUCUCUUGUUUGUUCAUGUAUUAUAUUUUCUAAUUUGUCCGCCUGUUUUUAUAAAGGGUGGUUCAGGAAACUUGUUUGAGAAGAAAAGGGUGAGGAUUACUACAUACCCUCUUGCCUGCAAUACAGGUUUCACUGAAAACAUUUUAAAUUUGUGUGCAAUUAAAAUAAUAUUAUACUGUUUUAUUUGUUUUGAAAAUUUACAAGCCAGUUGAAAUUUUGUUUCCCUUUGUCUUGUAUUUUAAAGCUUAAUUGUUUUUGUAAUUUGAACUCAAAUAGAUUGAACUUGAUAACUAUUUCAUUUCAUUUCUUUUCAUUUUAUUGGUUAAUUCAAAUUUACCUUUUUUUUACUGCCCACAAAUAGCAAAGGCUAGUCUAGGCGGGCAGUGUCUAUUUAAAAAAAAAUAAACUCUCCAAAUAGACUGUUGUGUUUUUUCUAUCUAUUAAUGACUAGAUUUCUUCCCAUGCAGAAUGCAGGCUAUUAAAUUAUCAUUAUGAUGCACACCAUGUAGAAUGAAAAAGUAACUUAAGCCCAUCGUUAUUUGAGUGAUAUUCUGUCUUGUUGGCAGUGUGUACAUAACUGUUGGUGGUGAUUCAUCCUAUGAAGUGUUGAAAAAUGAUUACCAAGGUUGUGCUGGAUUAAGUUCUCAAGCAAACCAACAGUUCUUGCCAUAUGAUAUUGACUGGUGCAAGUUUAGACUGGUAAGUCAAUGAUCUUUCUCUGCUCUCAACAUCCUUGUGUGAAUCAGCAUUGUUGCAGUGAAUGCACUCAACAAUUAAGUCAGGCUUGUAAACAAUAUCAUUAUACAGUUUAGGUCAGAGAUAAGUGAAAAACACGGAUGCAGUGCAGAUGCAUUUACCCAUUAGAUGAAAUUUUGGCGACACUUUAAUUUGCCAAUAAAAUGCACCAAAAUUAAGUGUCAUUAAAUUGAAAUUGUUGCUAAAUUAAAGUGAGUACAAUAUGAAACUCUGCCAUCUGGUUAGUUUCACACACACAUGCUAUUUGAGGGUCGAUUCUGACAUGUACAACUGUAUCAUUGACCUACAACAUAUACACGUUAUAGGUCAAAAUUAAUUAAUAUCAGGUUAAAAUUUUUUAACCCAGAUUAAUUCUCAAUUUCCUUUAUCUCCUAGCCCUAAUUAUUCAUGAAUUUUGUAACUUGUAACAUACACGUAACAACACACAAGCAUUAUGUAUCAACUCAAGCUUUUCAGGCCUAGAAAUGUUUUUUCUUUGUUGUUUACCAUCACAAGUUUACUUUGUCAGGCAUUGUUGGACAAAACAAAACAAUACAUUUGAAGAAGUACAAGUCAACAACAAAAACGUUUCGUGGUUUUGAAAGCACACAGUUUAGCCCAUUGCAUGCUAUCAUGCUCUAUGUAAGAAGUCAGAUGUAAUUACUAAAAAUGAUUCCUUUCAAUUCAGAUAUGCAUUUUAUGAGCAUUCUAAUUGAUAUAUAUACAGCUGUAUGUACUAAAUAAUGUUAUUCAACUUGAUUGCCCUUUUAUGUACAUUGCUAUAUAUGCAUAAUGUCAAUAUUCAGAGAAUGUACAUUGUAAAAUGCUAACAAAAAAUAAUAUUAUAUGGCAUUAUUAAAAUACUGUAGUGAUAAUAAGGGAUAAUUGAACCAUUAGUUUCUUUGCUCCUCCAAUUUAUUUACAUUCUAUUUACUUAACAGAUGGAUAUGAGCAAAUUGGCUGUGGUUGCUGGUAAUGUCACCAAAUCAGCACCCAGUGGAGAAGGUUUUGUAGAAUCUACAUAUGUAGCACCAGUGUAUGACUCCUCUGCCAGAGAUUUUGGCAGUGACUUUCUCCUACUAUUGAUUCUGCCGCUUCUUGUGGUCUUCGUCAUUGCCAUCAUCCUUGGCAUCAUCUUCUUCUGCUUCCGCGAAGGAAGGUCAGUGCCUUGGUCUUAUUUUGUCAGGGAGCUGUGCUUGUAUUUUUUAAUUAAGGGGCUCUUUACAUGGAGGGGGGAAUAUCCCUGCACCAGGAAGAUCCUGGAGGGCGGAUGAUCCAAGCACCGCAUGUUUUCUGUAUUCAGUUUGUAUACAAAGGGUCGUCAGGGUUGUCAGAAAGUUUUGAAGUAGACAGCUUAGUUGUCAAAGUAAGCAGCCAGUUCUGAAGGAACUGGCAAGCACCAAAGGUGCAAGCCUCUAGAGGGGUCUGAGGGCAUACUUCCCCAGAGAAUUUUUAUAUUUAGACGCUCUGAAAUGCUGUUUUCUGUACUCUCCAGGCAAUUUUCUCUCCAAAAUUACUGAAAAUCUAAAGUGAAUUAUAAGGUUAAUUACCAAGUGUGGCAUUAAAUUUAACUGCAAGUGACACAUAAAUACUUGCUAUAGUUUUCAGGAGAUGUUUCUUUUCCAGUCCAGUGAUAUUUUAUUUAAAAAACACCAUCCGUAAAGAAAUGCUAAGCAGAGUAGCCGGCUGAAACUAACCAAGUAGGCAGCAAUUUUUGCCAGCGGCGGGUUAGUUUUGACAACCCUGGGUUGUGCCUAGCGCUGGAUCUUCCAAGCACCAGGAUCUUCCCAGAUGAGAAGUACAUGUAGGAAGAGCCUAGUACCAUGUAAACUGCUUUCACCAGGAAGAUCCUUGUACUAGAGAUUAACAAGACAAAAAAAAAGGUGGCAGGUUGUUCAGUGGCUAACCAUGGCAUAAAUGCUGUCAAUUUCGUUUGGCCCCACCAGUUGUAAAGAACUGCCAUUUCUUACUGAAAAAUGUAGUUAUUAACAGUAGCGAAGAAAGCAGAGGGGCCCAAAUUGCAUGUUUGUUAUUGUCACCCAUCAUCUUACAUGUAAUUUCCUUCUCUGCUUGUUAAUCACACGAUACAGGCUAAAAUUUCUGCAUGUAAACCCAACAAAAAGUUGUUUUGCUUUCUAGGGUCUUCCUCCCUCCCUGUAACCAGCCCCAAAAUUUUAAGAUUCACCCCUGGUCACCCCUUCUCUUCUACAACCAAAUAUCUACAGUUUAAGCUCUCCAAGUGACCACUCUUGUAAGGGACCAGCUCUAGUUAUGACCACCUUUGUAAACCCCAGUUUGAACUGUGAUUUUAGCCUUGUAAUAGAAAGCUCUCAUAAUCAACUGCUUCGGUAAGCGAUUGCAACCACUUUUGGGAUUACUCAACUCGACUUUUCCUUUGUGUUCAAGCUCUCGUAAGUGGCCACUUGAAGUCUUUGUCACAUAGAUUAACACUAUGAUGAAACUGCAAUUUUUACCAAUGGUCUAAAAAUUGGACAUAAAGUCCACUCUAAAGACACUCAUUAAACAUUAAUUUCUUUUAUUUUUUCGUCAUGAAUUUAUUAUUAAAGAGUUUCAAAAGCUCUUGCAAGCAAUCACCCUAUACUGUUUUACCAUGGGGAAGCUUACAAGAGCUCAUUCUCGUAGGCAACCAGCUCUAGUUACGACCACUUUUUCAAAUUUCCAAGGUGGUUGCUUACAAGAGCUUCAACAGCACAGCCACCCUUGGGGAUGGGACAAGUGGCCUCUUAACCCUUUAAGCCCAAAAAUUCACAUAGCAAUUCUCCAAACUGAUCUCUAUACAUUUCCUUAAAGAGGUAGUUGAGAGAAUUUGAUAAAAGAUCAAAGCAUUUUCUCUUAAGCGAUCAUCUCAUUAAUUCUCAUAACGUUAUAUCUUGACAAGGUAUGGAUAUUGUUAGGAGAAAAUUGAUCUUGGUCACCGUUGGUGCUUAAAGGGUUAAUAGUAUUUUAGGUGGUUGCUUUUGAAACAGGUUCUGUUUCAAGCGAUUUACUGACAAUAGUUUUCCAUGUAUGCUUAAAUUGAAUUUCUAGUUUUGUACUACAAUUUGUACUUAGGGUUACAUUAACAGGUGUUUAUAAAUUGUACUUGGUUUGCUUUAUAUAUGGGAAUGUCCUUUGAAAACAGUUGAGUUUGUGCCAAGGUACAAGAAAGAACAGUUCAUUGUAGCUUUGGAACCCUUCAGGAGAUAUUUUAAAAUUGGUGUAAUCCAUAAGGGUUGUUCCUCAUUGGUAAUUGUUGAUUAAAUUACACAUUGUAGCCUUUUUAUUUCACAUUCUAUUCUUUAGAUUUUUAUUUUUUCUUGAUGUUCACUACGUAUUUUUUUUUUUUUAAUUUUUUUCAGGCCAAAGAGGGAUGCUGAGACUUCACGGUUUGUCCCUCAUUAUUCUUCUCUUUUUUUAACAUUUACAUGUAGAACUAAGGUUUCCAGACGGUCAAGUUAAGAACAAAUUAAACAAAAAUCAGUUUACAAUUUAUUGCUUCAUAUGGUUUCUUUCUAUCUAAAGCAUUUAUCUCAAAUUCAUCUCAUAUUUUGUGUUCAGUAAAUUAAAUGGUUAUAUUGUGGUAAAAAAAACUGUCUCAAUAGUAAUAUAUUUAUCCGGGAUAAAGUGGAUAAAGAAACAAAUUUUUCAAAUUGAACAUACACGUGUAACUUGUUUAAAGACUCACCUGUCAGAAUGCAAACCAGUUGGCUAAUACAAAUGUGACCCAGGGGUUGAAAUCAGCACCCCAAAAAACAACAUUUCUCCUUCUCGAGGUCAGGGAAAGUGAGGAUUUAAGUCUCAGAGACUACAUGAGAUCUUGAACACCAACCACUCAGCAAUGAUGCCUGAAUAAACAACAUUUGAGUGUUCAACUUAAUAUGAGCAGAUUUGAUAUAUUAGUUGACCAUUGAUUUUUGUUUUAACGUUUUUACUAGUUCCCAGUUGUCUCAUCAUGAUUCAAUAUUACGGGCAACAUUCCGAUUGCGUCAGCUGUCCCAUCAGAAUGGUGAUGAUUCUCACAAUGGUUCAGCUGGUCAUGACCCUGGCCAGCCAAGAGAGUCCUCAACUCCUUAUAAGCAGUAAGGAUUUUUUAUUUACAUGUAGUUUAUUUGCUAAUAUCUGCUACUCACCUAGACUGUUUGCUGUCCCCUAUGUUUUGAAGGUCAUGAAGAUCAAGCACUUUUCAACUUGUUGCCCUGUUGGAGAUGUUACUUAAAUGGGAAUAGGAAAUGGAAAACAGGGAAUGGGGAACAGGGAAUGGGGAGCAAGGAAUGGGGAACAGGGAACAGGGAACAGGGAACGGGGUUUGGGGAACAGGGAAUGGGGAACAGGAAACGAGGAACAGGGAACCGGGAAUGGGGAAUGGGGAAUGGGGAAUGGGGAGUGAUGAACAGGGGACAAGCAUAAGGUAUCAGGAAAAUGAAAAAUGAGAGGGUGUGUUACAUAUAUCUCUUUUAUCUGCAUAAUAAAAUAUUCUUUACAUCAUACUCAGCCUUCUUUCAAAAGCAUUAUUAUUGGUUGAUGCUUGGUUAUUAACAGAUUUCCUCCACCAAGCCAACAUGAUGACGAACCAGAUGCCCCAUUAGGAGCUCCCCCUCCAUACCGCCUGCCACCACAACCUGCUGUAAACAUAUCAUCACCAGACAGAAACAAUCAGUAUUAUCCAGGAUCUGCUCAAGGUGACUGAUGGCUUGGUUACUCAGUUGUGAGUAGGAUUCUUUGAUUUGUUAAGCGGCUGACUCAGCAGAGUGGAAAACAGGCUGGAUAGCACUGGAGAAUGCCACCAAAAUGUUUGAAAGGCCCAAAUAGCUAUUGUUUUCAGUCUGUCUAGAAGGCAAGGUGAACGCAGCUGGGGGGAAAUCUCAUGUUAUAACCCUUUGAUCCCUAAUAUCCACAUACAAAUUCUCCAGACUGAACCCCAUACAUUUCCUUAGAAUUGUUAAGAGAAUGUAAUAAAAAAAUCAAAGCAUUUUUUCCUUUGGUGUUUAUUUAUUUUCAUAACCAUUUCGCUUGACUGUGUAAUGAUGUUGUUGGGAGAAAAUUAAUGUUCACCACUAUUGGCACUUAAUAGGAUAAUUAAAAGUCUGACAUGAUUAACUCGAUAUCCAUGAAAAGAGGAACAGUGCCCCAUUGAUGAGUAAUUAUUUUAUUAAUGAAGUAAAUUUUUACUUUUUACUAAAUUUUCGCGAGUUUCAAACAUAGAAUAACAAGAGUUAGAUUCACAUUCCACAGCAUCCAUUUCAAACAUAAUCUCGCGUUCAUGCGCAAGUCCAUGAAAUAUGUCACGUGGAACAACAAGGCUAAUAGUCAACACACUAGUUAUAAUAGACAUUCUCAUGCGCCACCUGUUUUCCACUUCUGUCUCUGAGUAUCUAACAUAAUCACCCCCAUACGAGCUACAUGUAACUACUAAACCAGUGCGCUUUAUUUCUUUUCAUUAUCUUGUAUCAGCGUGCAACCUACUCACUUUGGCAGUCACUCAUUUGAACACUUUUUGCCAUUCACAUCAGUACACAAAUUACUAACACUCAGUCAGGACAUCGUGAGCAAACUGAUCCAUUCAAUUUCCAUCAUUUGUAAAAGUUUCUAUUUUCCUUUUUCGAUACCAGUAAAAAUCAAAUCAACUUACUGCCAAACGCUAUUAAAAGAGUGUACGGUGUGACCGUUCUCGUAGUUUUCAGUUCAAUGGAAAAUUUCAUCUCUGGAUCGGUAAAAAUGAAGAAUCUGGGUCGACCGAAUAAGUUAUAAAAUCGCUUAAACGCAAAAGCAGAUAUGUUCGUCUACACAUUAAACGAGAAUUUUUUUUCUUGUAUCUUUCAGGCAGAUCAAGAUACGAACGACCGCCUCCAUUUAUGAGCAGUGGCGAUGUACACUGAUUUUAUCAGAAUUUGGUGGGCUUUAGAGAUGUGUUAUUUUACACCCACAUGUUUGACGGGGUGCCUGAUAUUAUAGACGACCUUUUUUUACCGUAUUUUUUAUAUCUGACUGUGAUAAACGUGAGGCACAAGUCUCUUGUACCAAAAGUGUAGGUUUGACAAGCGACUCUAGAGAAAUCACAAGUGCCGUCUAAGCAAGACGCGGGUAAAGGGGCGUUGUAGGUAAUAUAUCUAAUUUUCAGCAAUAACGAGACACAGCAUUAGAUUAACAACGCGUAUUUUUUGUAUUUUGUGAUCUUUUAUAAAUAUAUCGUUAUAAAAAUUUCUCUAAAUACCUGUCGUUUGGAGGGGUGACCCUCGUACUCUAACAUAGUUGAGGCGCUAAGCUUUUCACGCACUGGUUUUCAUAUAAAUUGAUGUAAAUUCAUGUUUAUGUCAUGUUUGUUUUCUGCAGGUUUACAUGUUAAGAUAGUAAAAAUAACUUGUCUAAAUAGCGAACUUUAUGUCUACCAAAUUUUGACCUGUGUUACACUCAUUAAAAAAAAGUUUGAGAUCACCUCGGAGAUAGCGGUGGCGUUGGCCUCCGGACGUGACGUCAAUCCGUCCAACAUGAAAUUGGCGGAAGGCUGCUACGAAAGAGCGUGUCAGUUACAAAACAACGGCUAACCAGCUUCGCAGGAACAGAAAAAAAAAAUCAGAAGUCAGUCGAGCCACUAGUUUGGUUUUCAUAGCGGCUUCCCGCCAAUCUCAUAUUGUACGGAAUGACGUCACCCCGGGAGGCCAUUCCAAACUAAAGGCUCACAAUGCUGUAUUUUGACAACCUUUGGAGGACGAUUUCGAUAGUAACGGGUGGUCUUUCAAAGAUCAGGGAACGGUCAGGAACUGAACACGUUGUUGCGUUUUGAUUAGCGACUUUAAAUUAGUAAUUUUCUUUCCCGGGUGCCCUUGUCCUUUCUGCAUCGUUUUUACGCAGUAGUUGUAGUCCCUGUUUGUUUCCUUCAUCCCAAACCAUCUUGAUGUCUCCAUGUUAUGCUAUUACCCUUGAAUUAGUAUUUCUCUUUUACUGAACUAGCAUUCUAAGGACCUUCAAGAUAAUGUUGUACUUUGCUAAGGGCUUUAAAGGUCGUGACAGAUGCCAUUUAAGUCUUUCACCUUUAGGUCACAUUUUGGCAACAUUAUUUGUCACUCCAACUUUUAAAUCCGUGAACGAAGUCCUGAAUACUUUGUUGUUAUCUUUCAAAUGAAAACUUGCAUAGUACUAAUUGUUUCCUGGGAUUUUACUGAAAGAAUUUUUGUGUUAAGUCACUACCAGGAGUGAAAGGCUUAAAAUAAUGGGUCUUCACUGACGCCAGGGUGUAUGUUUUAAAAAGUACCUCUUUUAUAAGAUAAAGUAUAUAGGGAAUUGAACCGAAGGUAUACAGUGUAGUCAGUGUAACCGAGCGCAAAAGAUAAUAAAGUCAAUAUUUUGUAGUUUU